AUGGAAGAUAUGGAAGAUAUGGAAGAUAUAAAAGAAAUAUAUGUACCAUCUAAUGGUAACAAAGAUAAUGGCACUUCAUAUUACUUACCUAAUCUAGAAGAAAUUAAAUCUAUAAAGGAGGAAAGAGCAAUGAGGCGACAGCUUCCUAACUCAUCAGAGAAUUUCAAAGAAAAAGAUUACUUAAAAUUGUUGGAUAAUGAUGAUAAAUUGGAAAUUUUAGAGAAUAUUAAAAACACAGGAGGUGUAAAAAAAAGCAAUGAGAAAGAUACUGAGUGGGGAUCUCACGAAUUUAACGUAGAAGAAUUUGAUGAUGCAAGGCUAGCUUUAACAGAUAACGAAAGAGUAAAGCAAUCCAUUGAAAGAAAAGAACAAAUCAAAAAGGCUAUUGAAAGAAAUAGUAAAUAUGACAGUCAAGAGAAUGAAGAUUGGGAAAUCCGAGCGUUAAAAAAUUCUGCCAAUAUAAAAGAGGUAGAGAGUGUCCCUUCUUUACCGAUACUUUUUAAGUCUACAGGAUCUGAAACUUUUUCUGAAGAUCCUGAAGAUUCUCUUGAUGAUAUUUUGAGUGAUUUAAUUCGAAAAACAAAGUUAGAAAAUUCAAAAAUUAGUUUACAAUACUCAGCUUUAGAAAAUCAGAGUUCAAUUCUACAUACUGCAACUGGACAACUACUCAUAGAAUUAGCAGAAUUUUAA